AUGACUGAGACUCCACCUCCACCACCGCCUCCUCAAGGUAACCCAGCUCCACCUGAUGCCCCAGCACAGUAUCCAUAUCAAGUACCACCUGCAAACGGUCAACCUGCUAAUGCACCGCAAGCAAAUUUCCAGCCUCCACCACCACCGCCUCAACAGGCUGGUCAAUAUGCACCACCACCACCAGGACAAUACCCGCCACCUGGACAGUACCCACCUGGCCAAUAUCCACCACCUCCGCCUGGUCAAUAUCCUCCGGGUCAAUAUCCACCACCUCCACCUGGUCAAUAUCCGCCUGGCCAAUACCCGCCUGGUCAAUAUCCACCACCUCAAGAACAAAAGAAAGAUAAAAAGAAGAAGAAAGAUAAGAAAGGGAGGCGGCCUCGGCUUUGA